CUCUGAGCCUCUCUGCUCGAUGAUAUUCUGUACCUUCAGUUUGAUGAUAUUUUCUUACAAUUUGAUACAAAUAAUUUGAAAAUUAUAUUUUUUUUUCAUUAAAAGUAUAUCCGAGAGAGGCUACUUAUCAAAAAUUAAAAGUCCCGCCAGAUUGAUUCAUCCCCACUUGCACACUACUACUACACUAGGGUUUAAACUUCAAUCCACAGCCCACAAACCCUCUUCAUUUCAAUGAAAAAGCCUCACUUCAAUCCCCAACUUCACACAAUCGCUGACGCCGAAAUUUCCGCCAUGGAAAUAGAUCCAACAGAACAAGAAAACGUUCAAGAAGAAGAAGCAGACCCGUUUCUCAAGUUCAUCGAUUACGCAAAAUCUGUUCUAUCUCCUGAUUACGAUAUCGAACAAACCGAAGAACAAUCUAACGUUCCUGGUUGGAGCUGGAUCGUAUCUCGCAUUCUUAAAAUAUGUAUUGCUUAUUCUAGUGGCGUUACCACUGCUAUUCUUCUCUCUGAUCUCUCUCAGGCUUGGAGUGAGCAGAAUAGGAGUGGCGCUCAGAAGAAGCGUCCUGAAUGUAUUAAUCAGCUUGCGAAGAUGCACAAGAGAGUGAAACUUCCUAACACGGUUACAAUUGAUGCUAUAUACGAGAAGAAUUUCUUGUCAUUGAGUAGUGUUAUCGAGGCUGUUAUUGUUGAUGCUUUUGUUCUUCCAGGGACUAACAUAUACAUUCUUACUUUGGGGGAUUUCUGGAGCUCUAAUACCAUUGAUCUAUACUUACAUCGCAGAUAUUACAGUUUGGCAGAUCCUAAUUGUGGCAUUUUGAAGAAAGGAAGAGAGAUCUUCCUAACAGGAUGUUAUCUUCGAACCUCCACUGCCGGAUCUGUUCAUUCACGUCUAUUACCAACUGAAUAUAUUGUAACAUUACUUAAUGAGGACCUUGAUGAUGAUGCAAUGCUUAUAGGAGCACAGUUUUGUUCAGAUUCGUUCUCUUCCAUUUCGCUUGAUGCCUUUAAUAAAGGUGUAUCCUAUUCAUUAUAUGCAAGGAUUGAGUCUAUUGGUUCUCUAGAAAUCCAGGACAGUAUACAGAGGAAACAAAUCAUUCUUGUUGACGAUGAUGGUAUCAGGUUGAAAUUUCUGUUGUGGGGUGACCAGGUUCUACUAGCCAAUUGUUUAAGUGUAGGAAGUAUGCUUGCUCUGGAUAGACCCUUUAUUGCAAGCCUGGAAUCAUUUAAUGAGUUUUCUCUUGAAUAUGGUAGUGAAACACAACUUUAUAUGGUGCCUUUACUGCACCAUGAAGAACAGGUUUCUGUGGCACUGACACAAAGUCGAUAUCAAGGAUCAAAAUUGUUGAAAGCAUCAGAAGCAAGCCAGGGUCCUCAAUUUUCUCAAGUGACCUUGCCAUGUAAUUCUCUAGGUUCCAUUGACUUCAGUAACUAUCCUUUUCGACCACUUGUGACCGACCUCCGUGACAAGAUGACAGGAAUCAGCCUCUACGGUACAAUUACAGACAUAAAAAGAGAACAAAGUUCUUCACAGACCAUUUUUUCUAUGAGGGUGAAAGAGACUACUGGAUCUAUUUGGGCAAAACUACAUUUUGUUAGUUCUUGGUCGUUUGGAAGAUUAGGCCUUGGUCACACCGUGUAUAUUUCCGGCUUGACUUGCACCAAGAAAAAAAAUAAUCGCAGACUUGAAGUUUUAUGGUUCGAGGACUCUACUGGAUCCUUGUUUGUCAAUCUUAGUUGUUUGCCAGCACUGCUAAAUUCAUAUUGUCUCCAAAAGUUAUCACGCCUUUCUGAACUAUCAGAUGCAAUGUGCAGUACAUAUAGACUUGUAUUGUGGGACGGAGGGAGUAUUUGCAGCUUCACGAAAGUGCACUUUUUCUGUGUUUCACACCUCUGUGCACCUCGUGCUUUGAGACCCCAAGCACAUGCUUGUUUAAAGUUGCUGGGCUUUACCUAUGUCAAGGCGCUUUGCGCGUAGGCACUCUUUCGACAACACUGGUUCGGAAUUUGAUAUUCAUUUGUUUAGCGAGCAGGUCAGUAUUCGUCAUUUUGAGUAUUCUAUAUACUGGAGUAAAUCAAACCAAACGUCCCUAGUGGCUAGUAUAUACCAUUUGCAAAUAUGGUUUGAGCAAAAAUGCAUAACAAAUCCCUGUAGUACACUCUAUAUUCUAGCAUAUUACGGUUUACACCAGAAGGCUAUAGUUUAUAUGAAUAAUAUUCUGAUUAUCUAAGGGUGGCUGGACCCCACCCCUUGGGUGCCACUGCUGCCACCCCUAAUCUCAGGGGUUCAAAGGUAUACAAACCCUCAGCUUUUAAGAAUCUGCAUAUAAUGUAGUUGACUAGUUGCAUAUUAAAAUUGCGAAUGAUACUUUGGUCUUCAGUAAUACAAGUAGCAAUGCCAUGACAGUGAACAUGCAUUGUUAAAUGUAAUGUGGCUCUAUAUGAUACUUUCUAUGAUGAAGAAGAUUCUUUAACAGAUGAUAUCAAAGUUUUCUUGUGACAAACCAUAACCACUUUACUUUUUUGUAUACCUGUCACUUCUCAAUGUGUUGAUGGAAUGCAAAAUAUGAUUCCAAACUUGUAAACACUUGAUCCACGUAAUCAUGGAAAUAACAAAUAUAUAAGUUGAUUGCAUAAUAAAAUAUUUUAAAGCUGUAUAUAAGUUCUUCAUGUGAAAAUCAGUUGUAGGAGUAUCUGAUACACCCUUGUGGUUACUGAUUAACAUGACCUCUCUGACAAACCUAACCUUUUUAAUUUAUUUAACUGAAAUUCAUAGACAUCCAUUUUGUACUCUUCUUUUAAUCAAGGUAGUAACAUCAAAGCAACUAAAUAUUCUAAUCUGGCUGGUUUCUAAUGCCUGGAUAUCAUUUUUAGAUAUGUCAGAUUUGGCUGGAACAGAUUCCUUUUGUAACCACGAGAUACUCGCACGUCCUUUGCGGUCAUUAUGUAAACAAGACAUCCAGUGGGGCUUAUGAAUGCAACUUCUGUUGUUGUAGUUGUGAUUCUGAAGUAGCGCGU